AUGCAGCCGUCUGGCUGCACGACCGCGACCGUGCCUCCAUUUGAUCGUGUUCUUCUUUCCAGUACCUUCAAUUACCCUUUUGUUCUCAGUCUUCAAUUUCAAAGAACCCUACACCACCGGUGCUACGAGAGUACUCAGCGGAAGGAAAAUCAGUAUCGUCUCCAUCAUCACUACCAGUCUCCUUCAUCCCUGUAUUUGGCUUCUCCGCUGCCCUGUUCUUCGCCGACGGACCACCAGCAGCAGCAUCCGCAUUCGAUAGGAGAUUUGGGCGAUUCUGGUUUUAAGAAACAUCUCAGAUUUCAUUGCACCCACCAAUCCUCACCGUCGAAGCCCUCCAACCAACCUGCUCUGUCCGCUUCCUCUGUGACCCAGUUCGAAACAGAGGAGAUAUCGAAGAUGGACAAUUCUGGAAAGCUGGGGAGCAUAAAGAACGAGCUGUAUAAUCACCGCCUCACCUAUUUGUAUCCAGAAGCAUCAACCAGUCGGACGAUGAUUUUCGGCCUCUUUACUUCGGUUGGAUUAUUCUCUAUGAUUCGUAUACCAGAGUAUAGUAAUUGA